AAUCACCGAAAUAUGAAGCAUAAAGUCGUGUGCCAGAGUGAAAAAAAAGUUGCACUAGAAGUUGAAGUCAGAGACAUCCUGGAGGAUCAUGAAGGUUUAAGUCCUGGAAAUUUUACGACGCUUAAUUGGCCUCAAAAAUUUUUCCAGGAAAUCCACGUUCCAUUGCCAUCUUGA